AUGCCUGUGCCAGCGCUGGAGCUGGCUCCGAGGUUUGCUCCGAUAGCCCUCGGAGUGCGCUGGGGCACGUGCCUGCAGCGAGCCUGGGGCUGCGCGUCGGUCGGGAGCAGGCUGCAGGCGGCCGCCCGGGCCGGGCCCUUGGGGCGGCUGCGGCCCAGUCGUGCAAGAGGAGAUGCUGAGGUGGCGGUGGGUGAUUUCUGGAGGGGCCGGCUGUGGCCUCUUAGCGAGGAAGGUUUGCAGGAUGCAGUGAAGCCUCCGGGCUCCUCGACGCGGAAGCUGUCGAAGACGGAGCGGCAGCGGUUCAGCGAGGAGGUGGAGAUGCUGAAGGGGCUGCAGCAUCCCAACAUCGUCCGCUUCUAUGACUCCUGGAAGUCGUCCGUCAAAGGCCAGAUCUGCAUCGUGCUGGUCACAGAGCUCAUGACGUCUGGCACCCUGAAAACCUACCUGAAGCGGUUCAAGGAGAUGAAGCUGAAGGUGCUGCAGCGCUGGAGCCGACAGAUCCUCAAGGGGCUGCAUUUCCUGCACACCCGCUCGCCCCCCAUCAUCCACCGCGACCUCAAGUGCGACAACAUCUUCAUCACGGGCCCCACCGGCUCGGUCAAGAUCGGGGACCUGGGCCUGGCCACGCUCAAGCGAGCCUCCUUCGCCAAAAGCGUCAUAGGCACCCCCGAGUUCAUGGCGCCGGAGAUGUACGAGGAGAAGUACGACGAGGCAGUGGACGUCUACGCCUUCGGGAUGUGCAUGCUGGAGAUGGCCACCUCAGAGUACCCCUACUCCGAGUGCCAGAACGCUGCCCAGAUCUACCGCAAGGUCACCUCGGGCCUGAAGCCCAGCAGCUUCUACAAGGUGAAGGUUCCAGAGCUGAAGGAGAUCAUCGAGGGCUGCAUCCGCAUGGACAAGAACGAGAGGUACACCAUCCAGGACCUGCUGGAGCACUCCUUCUUCCAGGAGGACACGGGGGUGCACGUGGAGCUGGCCGAGGAGGACGAUGGCGUCAAGUCUGGGCUCAAGCUCUGGCUGCGCAUGGACGACACGAAGAAGCUGCACGGCAAGUACAAGGACAACAACGCCAUCGAGUUCCUCUUCGAGCUCUACAAGGACGUGGCAGAGGAGGUGGCCCAGGAGAUGGUGGUCCUGGGCUUCGUCUGCGAGGCAGACUACAAGCUGGUGGCCAAGGCGGUGCGGGACCGCGUGGUCGCCAUCAAGCGCAAGCGGGAGAAGCUGAAGCGCGCCCAGGACGCGCCAUCGCCUGCGGAGCCGGAGCAGCCGCCCGGCGUCCUGCGGCUGCUGGAGGAGCUCAAGUCCCCGCUGCCACCCGGCGCGCCUGCCCCGGCCACCCCCGGCUCUGGGGACUCCGUCUUCAGCAGCACCUUCCCCCCGGAGCCCGAGGAGCCAGAGGCUGACCAGCACCAGCACUUCGCCUACCGGCACACCAGCUACUCCUCAGCCACCUCUGACUGCGAGACGGAUGGCUACCUGAGCUCCUCCGGCUUCCUGGACUCCCCGGACCCAGCCCAUCGCAGCUUCUUGGCGGGGGGGCCCGCCACGCCACUCACCCGCCCUGUGCGCUGCUUCCCCACGAGCAUCGCGGUGCAGCUGCCCAGCGAGUGCCUCCCCCCCACCAGCGGCUCCCCCCCCCCCUCCAGCACUGGGGCUUCCUUCAGCUACGCCUCAGAUGUGGCGUCCGGCAUGAGCGACGGCUACGAGGGGCUCUCGGCCAGUGAGCGGAGCGCCAAGCUGCCGCCCAAGCGGGCAUCAGGGAAGCUGCUGCGGCGCCGAGCCCGGUCCAGGCUGCGCAUCACCAACAUCUCCGACAAGAACGACCGGGUGGUGGAGUGCCAGCUGCAGACCUACAACAACAAGAUGGUGACCUUCAAGUUCGACUUGGACGGCGACAACCCGGAGGAAAUUGCAGCCGUCAUGGUCCACAACGAGUUCAUCCUCAAGUCAGAGCGGGACGGCUUCAUCCACCGCAUCCGGGACAUCAUCCACCGUGUGGAGACCCUGCUCCGCAAAGACGGGCACGGUGCCGCCGAGCUGCCCAAGAGCCCCGAGGCUGAGCAUGGCGUGGGCAGCCCUGUGGACCUGCAGCUGCAGGAGCUCUCGCGCUCCAUCUCCUCUUCGUCCUCGCUCAGCGGCUCUGUGCAGACCUGGCCCCUCGUCUCGACAGCUCCCUCCUGGCUGACGGCGCCGCUGGCGUUCCCGCAGACCCCCCCGAGCACCCCGGAGGGGCCUGUCCCACCAGCCCUGCCCCCAGCCCUCCUGUCCCCGCUGCCGCUCCCCACAUCCCCUGUCCCCAGCGAGCCUGGCAGCCCCCUGAGCCCCCCUGUGACCAGCACGUCCUGGUCCCCCACUGCCCCCCUCCUGUCCCUGGCCAACGUCUUCUCCCUGGCAGUGAUGAGCGUGGCCCACACGCUGCUGCCUGCCGUCUCCUCUAUCGCCAGCUCGGGCGCGCACCUCUACCCCCCACUGCUGCCGCGGCCGCAGAGCCUUGUCCUGGGGCCCCCGCGCUUCGUCUACCCUGACCCUGCCAGCAUGGCCACGCCAGCCCCGGCCUGCAGUGGGACCCUGGAGUCAGCGGGGGCUGAUGUCCCCACUGCUGGGGGGCCCAUGCCGUGCCCCCCAGGCAGCGAGGCUGCAGGGAGCGCCCCGCCAGCGCUGACCACGUCCACGCCGGGGAGCCCGGAGGGCAGCACGGUGCUGCCCGGCUCCCCCAAGCCCAGCCACCCGCUCAUCGUCUCGGAGUCGCCAGCCCUCGGCGUGCCCAAGGCCCAGCUCUCGCCCAUCAACGAAGAAGCCAAGCCCCAGAUCCUUGGCCGGUUCCAGGUGACGCCAACCAAAGACCUGGCCGUGGCCUCCGCAGCGCCGGGCAGCAGCGAGGGCAGCAGCGAGGGCAUCAUGCGCCGUAACUCGCUGAGCGGCAGCAGCACCGGCUCCCCGGGGCAGCGGGGCAGCUCGAGCAGUGACUCGGACUCAGUGCUGGAGAUGGCGGAGCAGGACACCGAGGCCGAGGCGGCGCUGGCCGAGGAGGGCACGGUGGCACCGGCGGAGAGCGACCGGGAGGGCCCCGGGGAGGAGGGCGCAGAGAGCGCGCCGCAGGCGGUGCUGAGCCAGGUGUGGCUGAGCUACUCCCGCAGCCUGUCCUACCUGAGCAGCGACGACACCGAGAGCGAGGACGAGGAGAUCUGGGAGGAGCUGCAGAACCUGCGCCAGAAGUGA